AUGAUUCGCCGCACAGCUAUUUUUUCCAACCCAAUAUGCCGGGGCAAAGCCCCGGCAUAUCGAUUCAUCUCGUCCCAGUCAAACAAGGAGGCACAGCGUGCGUCGGCUCCCGAGCACCGCGUGCAAUACAACUAUGACAUGUUUGCCCUGCAUCCUAAAAAGGAGCACUACGAACUGCCUCUAGUCACGGCCAACGAACUCGCGUCUUCAAAAACGCGCCCACGUUCCGUGCGAAUGCUGACGCGGGACUUCAUCCAUGACAGCCUCUACAACCCGCACUACGGCUACUUUAGUCGGCAAGCCGAGCUGCUGCCUUCGCAGAAGGGCGCGUCCCAUAAAGCCCAUCUAGAGGCAGCCUUUCCUUUCCAAGAUAUCAAGAAUGAGACGGACUUUAUGAAGGAGGUCCAGCUGAGGUACAUGGCGUUCGAGGAGCGAUUCCAGGAGGCAUGCCGAGAGCGAGAGCGACGGCGCCAUAAGAAUGAGCCGACGUUGCAGGAGCGCAUCGAAGCGCUCGCAGAGGCGCAGAAGCGCACACCGUGGGGCAGUGCCGAGCGUCUAGAUCUGGCGCGGCAGAUGGGGCGACUGCAGCGCGAGCAAAGCAAUGCCAAUGUGUCUGAUGUCGAAGUGGAUGCCAUGGCGGCCGGGCAGGUAUGGCACACGCCUACGCAGCUGUUUAGCCCCCAUUACGGGCGCGCCCUUGCUCGCUACCUUGUUGCAGAGUACAAGCUGCAUCUGUUCCCUUAUCACGACCUGAUCCUGUACGAGCUGGGCGGUGGUACGGGUACUCUAGCCAAGGAUAUUCUGGACUAUAUCGAGGCGCAUGAGCCUGAUGUCUACGCUCAUACCCGCUACCGCAUUGUGGAAAUUAGCGCCCGUCUCGCUGAGCAGCAGCGGGCCAGACUGAAGCACCACGCUCAGCAGGGCUGCGUGGAUGUGGUGCACCGUGACUUUCUGACCUGGAAGGAGGAUGUGACCGAGCCGUGCUUCGUGAUUGCGCUUGAAGUGCUGGACAACCUCACCCACGAUGUCGUCCGCUACUCGACCGAUGAUCUACAGCCCUACCAAGGUCUCGUUUCAAUUGACCAUACGGGCGACUUUAUUGAGCUCUGGGAGCCCGUACAGGACCCUCUGAUCCAACGGUACCUCAAGUUGUUGUCCACGGUGCGGCCCACGGUGCUUCCCCCUGGCGCGCCGUUCUAUUUAGGCUGGAUUCCCCGCUCUUGGCGGCACAUGCUGCACAAGAAGGUGCCCUUCUACCCGAACCUGACGGAGCCUCAUUAUAUACCUACAGGGGCUCUGCAGAUGCUGGAUGUACUCAAGACCCGUUUUCCGUUCCACCGCCUCGUGGUCUCGGACUUUUCGUCCCUGCCCGAUGCCUUGCCAGGUGUCCAAGGGCCUGUGGUGCAGACGCGGCACAAUGGCACCAUGAUUCCUGUCACUACCUAUUGUGUGCUACAAGGGUUCUUUGACAUCUUUUUCCCGACGGACUUCCAAUUGCUGCGUGACAUGUACCUGUACUUGAUGAGCCAGCCGGAGCCGGAGAACCCCACUCUCGACAUGCCCGACGACUACUUCAGCUCAACAUACCCGGAUGCUUUCUAUGCUGAUGCUAGUGCGUCAUCGGAUGCGCUGUACGAGGACUACUCGCGGCCUCCGCGCCGCUCGAUCGUAUCGUCGAACAUUAUUCCUCCGCCUCUCAUCAAGGACUCGCGCGAAACUAGGAUCCUCUCCCACGCUGAAUUCCUCACAAGGUAUGCCGAGGCCAAGGCCACUGAGCUGCGCGACGGUUCGAACCCCAUGAUCUCGUGCGCGAUGAACGCGCCGGCCGGAGAGCGUCCGUCCACGCUCGGGCGCGCCACUGUGCUCGCUGGCGUCGUCCUGUUUUUCCAUGCUGCGUACUCGAUCUACGAGUUCCUAUCGCAGGGAAAGAGCCUAGAUCUUGGCACAGGCUCGACGCAGUACGAAAACACGAUUCCCUUGGAUAUGAGACUGGAAACCCUGGUGGCCUUUGCAGUGCUCGUGCUGGGGUGUGCGCUAACGGUCCCCCGGCUUCGUCCUAUCGCCUGGUCGGCCCGGAUGCGCGAAACAUCGAUCGACUGUGUGGAUGCCCGGGCCGGGUUCGCCAAUGUCCGCCAUCGCGGCGGCAAGCUGUUUGGCAUGCGCGAAUAG